GUGCUGUCUCACCACUUUUUACCAGUGAUCCCAGUCCUCAACGCUAGUUAAUACCACCAACCUGUCAGAGUCAGAUGCUAACACACAAUGGAGCAAUUCAACAAACUCGCCGCACCUGCUGCUGUUAAACUUCGGCAGCUCCAAAAAAACAUCCAAGACAUUAAGGAGAAUGACGACAGCCUAUUCAACAGAUUAAAAAGGUUUCAAUCUGAACAAACUGCUCAUAUCCUCAAAACCGGGAGAAAUACGUUGGACCGAAUGAAGAAAAAAGGACCUCCAAAAGUACCAGAAAGAGACUAUAAAGAUGAAGAUCAGGAUAAUGAGAACUUCUCUGACUCUUUUGAAAGUGACACGUACGAAGAUCUGUGUGAUAAUGACACCAGCUAUGAGCCUCCACCGAGGUCAGGUCACAAUGUGAAGGCCUUUACUCUCAGCACGUCCAUUACGAACCCCAAAGGAGAGUAUCUAGACAGCUGUCGUGGUCGAGCCGUAAAACCAAACAAACCGAAGAACAAACCCUCACGACCGACCAAGGGCAGUGCGGCCAAUGCGGAUGAAGAAGAUUAUCUUGAGCCGGAGGAUAAAUCGGAGGAUGAUAAUUAUAUUGACCCCUCUCAAAAGACACCAAAUCGAGGGAUCGAUCCAUGUGUUCCCGCUCGUGCGAACAGUCCAGAUUUCUACGAGGUUCCUGAGAUAAAGGAGAACUCUCGGUCUAAGAAAAGCAGAAUUAACUCUACUCUACAGCCGAACACACAGAUGGCGCCCCCUAAAGUCAGCCCAAGAAUGCAUAUUAGAAAGUCAACUGUGACCCAAGAACCACAAUCAGAGGACGAGUAUGAAGUAUGUGACACGGACGAUAGUGUUAUUGAAAGGCCAGAGGAGUGCACAGAGAGCAGAAACCUGUCCAUACCUACACCACGACCACGAGAACUGAAGAAACCGAGUCCUUCUUUGAUGCCGACACCAAGCGUUCCUCAGAGAGAUAAUGAAGCAACAUUAACAAUUAUGCCACAAAGUCCACUGGACGCCAUGACAACCCCGCCACACACAGGUUUUCAUCGAGCAGGGAUGCAUCUACCUCCACAGUUGCCCUCUCAGAGCAGAAGAAUGUCGCCAUCAGAAAACAGAGCAGCUCGAGAUGCUGAAGAGAAAGCUGGAGUGUAUAAAAAGGUUUGGUACGCCAGCAGCUGUGAUCGCAAGACCGCAGAGGACGCUCUCAUAGGCUUGGCCGAGGACGGGACUUUCCUGCUCAGAAAGAGUUCAGGUGUGGACGCGCAGCAGCCGUACACUCUAGUGGUGUUCUACAACAGCCGAGUAUUCAACAUCCCCGUCCGCUACAUCGCUUCCACCGAACAGUACUCUCUGGGCAAAGAGAAACCUGGAGAGGAGCGUUUCAACAGCGUUUCUGAGAUUAUUCAAAACCAUCAGAAGAAUCCUUUAGUUCUGCUCGACUCUCAAAACAACACCAAAGACUGCACCAAACUCAAACACCCAGCGCAACUGUGAGGAACCAUUUGAGAUGGCAUGCAACGGUCAAACGUCCAUCUGAAGAUAAUGCGGAGACGUUUAAAACAUCGGACUGUCAAAUACAACGGCUUUCAGAGGGAACUGACAUGAAACAUGAAACUAGAUUCACAUUUGAACCGAAAUAAAAGACGUUGGAAAGAGCUCUACGUUGGCAAGGCUGGGACUUGGUGCUACUUUUAGAAGUUAUUGUUCCUGAAUGAAUUCCAUAGAAAAAGAAGAGAAACAAGUAAUGAUAUAAGACGAUACACAGUUGUAUAGUGUGUAUACUGUAUUAUAAACACAUUUUGUUUUCCUUUGGUAACAUUUGAUCUGUGUGGAGUACAAAUUAAGCAUUAAACGUUUAAAAAAAUAGUUAUUAUAUUAAUUAUUUGCAUCCUACAUCACUAAAUGGGGCAACUGGGGCUACUUGUCACAUGUAGAUAUUGUCACAAGGGCUAUAUUUCAGUAACUAUAAUAUUUGAUGUCAAAUCCAAUUUCACAAGUGCUUGUUUUCCCCAAGAGUGGUGUUUGUUUUUAUGUAUGUUGGUUUUAAUAACUUAGUUCAAAGCUGCUUUAAAUUUGAAUACAUUUUUGUGAUUUUGUUUUAAAAACAAAUGUUGUAAUGACUGUUGGUUAAACAA